AUGGGUGCUUCAAUGAAGAAAAUUGAGACUCGAGUGGACCAAUUAGCUAAUGUUGUGAAUUCUAAUCAGAAGGGAAGUUUUCCUAGUGACACUAUGGUAAAUCCAAAGGAAUCAUGCCAAGCAGUUUCUUUGAGAAGUGGUAAGGUGCUUGAUGAGGUUAAUGUUCAAGCCAGUUCAAAGGAGAAAGUUGAGCUAGUGGUACGAGAGGUAGACAAGGAAGAGCAAGCCAAGAAGCAGAGUGGAAGUGACAAGACUGACAUGAAGAAAGAUAGCCUUCCAAUAAUUCACAUAAACAUUCCAUUUGCAGAUGCUCUUGAGCAAAUGCCCAAUUAUGUGAAAUUCAUGAAAGAAGUCAUGUCAAAGAAAAUAAGAUUAGAAGACUUUGAAACUGUGAAGUUAACAGAAGAAUGCAGCGCUAUCUUACAGAAAAAGUUGCCUCAAAAGGUGAAAGAUCCUGGUAGCUUUACUAUACCAUGCACUAUUGGAGGGUCAUCCUUUGACAAGGAAUUAUGUGAUCUUGGAGCGAGUAUUAAUUUGAUGCCACUUCUAUUUUUUAAGAAGUUGGGGGUAGGAGAGGUGAAGCCCACAACCAUUACUCUUCAAUUAGCAGAUCAGUCACUUACUUAUCCUAGGGGAGUGAUUGAAGACGUAUUGGUUAAGGUGGAAAAAUUGGAUAUGGAGGAGGACCAUGAAAUCCCCAUUAUUCUUGGUCGUCCAUUCUUAGCUACUGGAAGAGCUCUUAUUGAUGUACAAGGUGGUCAUUUGACACUGAGGGUUAACAAUGAAGAGGUUAAAUUCAGCAUUUAG